CCGGCAACAUGUUACAUUCUAUCGCUUUUGCUCUGGUCCUGAUGAUCGCCGGCCAGUGUGUCGCCAACCCCGUUCCAGACCCAGGCUAUCAUCACACACGCAUCCGAAUCCACGUCCCCCACGAAAUCCACACGCUGCACCACCACCACGUCGAAACGGUACCAAUUUACAAACACGUACCCGUCAUCAAGGAGGUUCCUGUCAUUAAGGAGGUACCUAUCAUUAAAACCUACCCUGUGGUGAAGACUGUUCCUGUGCCAGUCGUCCACACGGUUGCAGUAGAGAAACCCGUGCUCGUACCAUACCAUGAAACAAUCUCACAUUGGCAUUGAAUAUGGUACUGACUAUUUAGUUAUCUAUUAUGUUAAUUUUCGCCCGUAUACUCUUGCAAUAAGUGCGUUCUCGCAGCAGACCAAUCAGGUGACGUUUGCUAAAAAUGGAGGGAAAUGAUUGGUUUAUUCCAAGCUUCACACCCUGAAGUACUCGAUACUCUGGUUCGGAUUGCGAGCGAUGUAUGAAAGUAUGUGGGCAUGAGAACUUGUUUUGUCAUUUUGUAAA